AUGUCAUCAUCAUCAUCAUUAUUAUCACCCCCGCCCGCCGUCCUCACAAUGAAUCCAACGAUGGACUCAAAAUACGAACAACUCGAUUUAACCCCAUGGUACAAACGUAACAUUCCCUCUAUCAAUUCCAGGAACACACUCUACUUCUUACCUCCCAAAGUCAUUGCAGGAAGUCUGAAAAGGCUUAGUGACAAUUAUCACUAUGACUGGUUUACGAAAGCCGAACAGGAUAUACCGGAAGUCCAGGAUGAGAUCAUUUAUACGCUCGAAGAGUGUAUCGUAGAAAGCUUCCAGGAAUGGCAAGCAUCUGGGGAAGGAGAGUUCAGGAUCGAUGAUGAAGCAGUGGUCGUCGGUGCUAAAAUCGAUUCGAGUAAACAUGACAUGAUACCUAGUUCAAUCAAGCUGCGAAGAUUACCUAAGCGAUUCGUUCAGACGCUCGAAGAUGAUUUGAAAUUGAACGGGUUCGACAACGUAUCAGUCAAGAUCGAAAGUAAGAAACCUGAGUUUUACGAUUUGUUAAGUAAAAAAGGCAAGAAUCGUACUGUCUCUCAAGGGGUCAGGAUUGAAAAUGAUUUUUCUUCUGGGAGUAUAUUGAUCGAUCCGACUUUUCAGAGUUUUGUCAUGCAAGGUGGCAGAAGAUCAGAUGAUCCAGUGGUUUUUGGUCCGCCUAAGAUGGUAUCAAUGAUGUACGAUCGAAUCAAAGCAUCAUCAAAAGUCGGAAUCUCAAGUUCAAAAAGAUAUGUCAAGAUCUUAGAAAGUGGGAUCAAUCAAGAUAUCAAUCAUUCGUUCAAGGACACACGUCCAAUUCGACAUUUUACGAGAUUAGAUCACACGCCUAGCUCUGCUGUUGAGGCAGUCCAAAUUUCUUCUAAUUGCAUAAACUCAUUCUGGCUCAGACAAUAUCCUAAAUCAUGUAUUGAGAAUCUAGAAAGUAUACUUAGAGAGCAACAUGCCCAAGAUGAUAUACGAGUCAGUAAAGGUCUGACUUCGAUCAACCCCUCUUGCGUUACUAUGCAAGGGAACUCAACGAUACUUCGAUUGAGCGCCCAAGGUCGACCCGAUCUUGCUACUAAUGAAAAUGGUAAUGUGUAUUAUCUCAGUCCUCUUACAAUAGCAAGUGUGUUAUCACAAUUCAGACAUCCCACGGCCCACGGAUCACAGACGGACGAUGUUAUAAUGGAGUCACACUGGAAGAUCAAAAGUAUGAUGCAAGAUACAAUCAGGGAAUGUUCAUGGAAGCAAAACAACUCGUUGAUUGCGAUUCCCAUCAAUCAGCUAGCCACCGACACCCGUCAUGUCGUGCUGGGUUCAGCUUAUGGAUCUUCUUCAAGUCCUUGGUAUAGCCUCGACAAUUGGGGGAACAAGGCGAUCGAGUUUGACGAACUGCAUGUUGUCUCGUAUCCUGAGAGUCAUAUUGCCGAGUUGGUGAAUCAGCUCCAGACGAGCUUCGAUGAUGAAAUUGAGCUCAGGGCAGUCGCAUAG